AUGUCUUUCACCAAGUCUGUCGUUAUCCUGCUUUCCGCAUUCACUUGUGUCCAAGCUCUCGCUACCCCUCAUGCCAUCCGCGAUGUCCACCACCACAGAGCAGUGGCUGCACGUGUUGCGCAACCCACUUCUGGACUAGACAAUAUUCCUCCCUUAGUUCUUCCUAAGAAGCGUGACCUUAGCAAGCGUUCUUUGAGGAAACGAUGCCAGGCACGACCUGCACCCUCUGCCAGCAGCUCAGUUGCAGUUGUUUCUUCGUCGUCAUCAUCGUCCUCAGAAGCUGCUUCUUCAUCAGCUGCUCCUGUGAAUGUUGGUUCAGAUCCUACCAGCAUUAUCAUCAGCAGCAGCAGCACCUUGUUCACAACAUCCGAUACUCCUACUCCUACUCCCACGCCAACCCCGACCCCGACCCCCACACCAACCCCAUCAACCUCAUCUGAGGCUCCAGCUACAACAUCGAGCUCUUCUGAGGCUGCUGCUACCACAUCCAGCAGUUCGUCUUCUUCCUCUGAUUCAAGUGCAGCCAACUUUUUGGCAGGAACCAAUUCCGGUCAAGGAACCUAUUAUGCGACCGGACUAGGAGCCUGCGGCAUUACGAAUGUUGACACAGAUCCCAUCGUAGCUGUCUCCGAAGUUCUCUUUGAUGGAUAUCCUGGAUAUGACGGCGUCAACCCGAAUAACAACCCUGUCUGCAACAGGCAGAUCGUUGCGACCUAUCAAGGCGUGUCAGCCACAGUCACCGUUACUGAUAGGUGUACUGGUUGUUCCGAAACGUCACUUGACUUUUCACCUUCUAUCUUCUCCCAGUUGACCAACAAUGACCUCGGCUUGGGCCGUAUCGAUAUCACCUGGGAGUGGGCAUCAUAA